AUGAUUAAACCAGCAACUGUUCCAAACUACCUGAAGGCAGUAAGUCAGGUGGUUAGCAAUCAAUUGUCAACCAACACCCAGGCCGCCGUGAUCGCCAAAAAACCAGUAUGUAAAAUUCCUCACUUGGGCUCCUCUGCGAUUGCCCUAAGCAAAACCCUUCCCAAUGGAAACAUGUCAGUAACUACUGGACCCACUGUAAGUACCCAAAUCAGGUGGGCACACACUGACAUCAAUGUCCCCGAUUGGUCCAACUAUCGUAGAGACACUGUAAAGUCUCCAACUGCUAAAUCCAGCGAUACCGAGGAAAGCAGAAAGAAUUUCACUUAUUUGAUGGCUGGAGGGUUGUCCGUUGGAGGAGCCUAUGGUGCUAAAUCAGUUGUAACCCAGUUUAUUAGCACAAUGAGUGCUUCUGCUGAUGUAUUGGCUUUGGCUAAGAUUGAAAUUAAGUUGUCAUCUAUUCCUGAAGGCAAAUCUGUUACUUUUAAAUGGAGAGGUAAACCCUUGUUCAUUAGACACAGAACUGCCAGUGAGAUCGCAGCCGAACAAGCCGUUGCUGUCGCCAGUCUCCGCGACCCCCAACACGAUAACGAAAGAGUCCAGAACCCUGAAUGGUUGGUAGUACUAGGUGUGUGCACCCACUUGGGUUGUGUACCAAUCGCCAACGCUGGCGACUUUGGUGGUUACUAUUGCCCAUGCCACGGUUCCCACUACGACGCCUCCGGACGUAUCCGCAAGGGACCCGCCCCACUUAACUUAGAGGUGCCAGCCUACGUCUUCCCCGAGGAAGAUCUACUAAUUGUUGGUUAG